AUGCCGUGCCGGAGGGAGGAGGAAGAGGAAGCCAGCGAGGAAGCGGAGGGGGAGGAAGAAGAGGAGAGCAGCGUCCUCCUGCUGGAGCAGUCGGUGACGCUGGGCGGCUCGGGCGAAGUGGACCGGUUGGUGGCCCAGAUCGGCGAGGCGCUGCAGCUGGACGCGUCCCAGGACAGACCGGCCUCCCCGUGCGCACCGCCCGGGCCGCCGCUGCAGCCCCCUCGACCCCUGCCCGCGGUGCCGGCGGACAAGGCCCGGUCCCCGGCCCUGCCUCUGUUUCUGUCGCCUGCGCCCUCGUCGACCGAAGCCGCCGGUCCGGGAGCCCUGCGCUGCACCCUCGGGGACCGCGGCCGCGUGCGGGGCCGGGCUGCGCCCUACUGCGUGGCGGAGCUCACCGCCGGCACCGGCGCGCUGCAGCUGCUAUCCCCCCAGGCCGGCUUUGAUGGGCCUCAGGGAUCCGACAAGCCCGGCGCCCCGCAGCCGCUGUCUGGCCCCUGCCGGCGAGGUUGGCUCCGUGGUGCUGCCUCCUCCCGCCGCCUGCAACAGAGACGCGGGCCCCAAUCGGAAGCCCGCACCAGUGACGACGACCCGCACCGGCUCCUGCAGCAGCUAGUGCUCUCCGGGAACCUCAUCAAGGAGGCGGUGCGGAGGCUUCACUCGAGACGGCUGCAGCUCCAAGCAAAGCUUCCCCAACGCCCGCCCCUGGGACCCGUGGCGACGGCCCCAGCGCAUGAGCCCCUUUCGCCCCGCAACCCUCGAGCAGCUUUUAGUGACCCUGGCACGUCCAGGAGGAGCGCACCGCUCAGGGCUGCGGACCUUCUUGUCCCUGGCAGCUAA